CUAAACUCCGCAUCAUCUGAGUUGCGUGCGUGUAGGGACGACUGCGAAGCUCAUCAUCACGUUACCAACAGAGAAACAACAAUCGUGCCUGUCAUUGCUCCUUGAUCGGAGGUCGGAAUCGUGAUUGUCUCAUUGAAGCCAGAAUCGCACAUGUAAUGCCUCACAAGAAAAUGAGGUCGCUGGUCGAAAACAAGCUUGUUAAGAUCUAACAGGGAUCCCGAGACGACGUGCUCCCUCGAUCGUUCCGGCUUCUCGUUCAUCAAGUUCACGCUCAAGUCCAUUGCAAGACUCAGGACGGACCGGGCUCAUCGGGGCGCUGCUGCUUCAGUCGCAACUGGUGAGGCUCGUCCAUCCCUGUCCACGAGGCCAGAUUUCAGGACUCGAACAAUUUCAUCAGGAGCACGGAUCUGUCGCUCACGAGAAUGUCUUGUUCGAUUAUGAUCUGUGCGCUGGAAGUGGACAGAUUGCCCCUUCUCACGGGCAAUGCGAGAAGAAGGAGAGGCCUCUGAAUCUGAGCUCUCACUUUCAUGGAGUUUGCACACGACAUCGCCUUGGAUCAUUAUUCUUUUCGACAGCUUGUGACAGCUUCUGACCUAGGGAAGAAACCUGGGUCAUAGCUUACAAAUCUGGUGUAGUAUGUGAGAGGUUUCACGAUCUCGAUCUCAAGCAGAUGUUUCAAAUCACCAUUAUUCCAUGAACUUCAUGAUUCCCUACCAUUCUAAAGCUUGUCCAACAUUAAGAACUGCGUCCCUUGUUCACCCAGACGUCUGAGUACUGAGUCAACCGAAGGUGAGGGUGACAACGGUGAUGACAUCGAGGCCAUAAAAGGUCGGUCGACGCGAUCUACAACGUUCUAGACGAGCAAGCGUAGUGGCAGCUGAGGCGAGGGUCAUCCUACAGCUAUGGGGUCCGGCAGCCCUCAAGUGUCUGGUGCAACAGGAGUUCCGACCCGCAAGCCCCAAAGAUUAGCCGGAAUGACAAACAUGUUUCUGUACGCUGCUCUCGUGAUCAGUAUAUGGCAGGUGUCUCUCUUCAUCGGUCAGCAUUACUACGCUUACUACGGUAGCCAACAUGACGCUCUCACUCAUUUCAAUGUCACUCGCUACACACUCCAUCUGGGCCAGGUGCUUCAAUCUACACAGAACAGCGUUAACGAGAACUUCGAUGCAGCUCAGAACGUCACCUCGGCUCUGAUCAGUCGACUCGAGGCGCUGCAGUUUCAGGCCCAGACUUUGGAUCAUCAAGCAAAACAGAACCAUCGGGAGCUGCUGAAAGCCUUGGAGGCGGUGACCAUUCGACUGACGACUCUGGAUGAUUCAGGAUCCACGCUAAAGAUGAAUUUGACCAAGCAAGAGGAGCGACACCAGGACUUGGCACGCAGCAGCUUGGAGCUGGCUCAGAAGCUGAAGUCCAUCGAGCAGAAGCUCGAAAUCUUCCAGGACGCAAAUUUUCAGCUGCAGAGCAAAAUCUCGUCACUGGAAAAUGCCGCCCACAAAAUGCAUUCUCACAUCUCGACCCGCCUCUCGUCCAGCGUGGAGUUCAAACCUCUGAGAGACAUGAGCAAGUGGGAGAACAAGGGCGACAAUGGACUCCAUGGCUUCCUCUCGGACAUCGUCGGACGGGGGCGCAAAGAAGGACCCCCCGAGCUCUUCUACAUGCCCUCAAAUACGACUCACGGAAGGUUGUUAUGUUUGCAGGGCAACCACACCAGCAACGGGACGCUGAAUUCCUACGCAUUUGCGUAUAAGGAGGGGCUUCCCGCGGAUGCUGUCGUCCUUCCAGGUACCACAUUAAUUGCAGAUACCUAUUGGGACUUCAACAAUCCAUGGCACUCGAUGUACAAUCUCAUCCAGUUCGUGUACUGGAAGAUGAAUCCGACGUGCAAGUCCGCUGAGCGACUCUUACUCUUUCACUGGUCUGAGCUGAGGACGGACCUUGGCUACUGGAUCAAGAAUGUGUUUGAAGCUUCCAACCUUCCCACCGAGCCGGAGAGGUUGAACUACGACGGGCGCCCGGUGUGCUUCGAGAAUGCGGUGGUCAGCCGCAGCGGGAUCGGAGGUGUGCCAGGAUCCUUAAUGAAAGACAUAUACGAAGAGGUUCGAUGUACUGCUCGGAGGAAAUGUGGAGUGACGGGCUUCAGAUCCGGUCCGACGGAUGAAGUCAAGGUACGGUUGACUCUCAUGGUUCGCACAGGGGCUCGAGGCUUUGUCAAUCUGACGGACUGGCAGAAAGUCAUCGCCUCCGAGUGCCGAUCCGAGAAGGGAUGCAAAUUCACUACCAUGUUCGUCUCGAACCUCACCUUCUGUCAGCAGGUGGAGAUAAUGAGCAAGACAGACAUUUUACUAACGGUGCACGGGGCUCAGCUGACGAACAUGAUUUUCAUGAGCCCGGGAUCUAGAAUAUUGGAGAUGUUUCCAAGAGGUUGGGAAGAGUAUGCUGGCCACGGUCAAUUCAUCUACUCGCAUCUGGCCAAUUGGGUGGGCCUUCAACACGAAGGUUACUGGAGAGAUCUGAACACACCUGAGUGUCCAGCGUCGUAUGGGAACGACACCAAGAGUUGCUUCUCGUUCUACAAGGAUCAAGCGGUAGGGAUGAAUCAGACUCACAUUUCAAAUUGGGUGGGUGAAGUCAUUGAUAACUUCAAUCAUGUUCAGACUCAGGCAAUCCUUCCAGUCAGCGAGAGAGAGGAUCCUGACUUCCAAUUCUCAUGGGAUAAUUCGACGUGCGCAUGUGGGUCGUAGUGAGCGACAAUUGAGAACUAACUCACUAGGAUCUCCAAGAAGAAUGUUCCACGUCGCGCCUGUAAACAACCAUGUUCACGAUCAGAAGAACAGAAGACCGUCAUGAAGUACUUGUUCAAACCCGUGUGGAUAGAUCACUGCAUACGGUUGCAGCAGUAGGAAAUCUUAUUUGCAGCACGUAGGACGAGAUUCCAAGGAGUAUGAUAGCCAGUGCUGCUCUCAAGAGUAGAUCAUAGCUAAGGCGCGGAGAGCUAUCGUUCAAAAGCCAUGACUACAAAGGCACAUGUGAUUUGACUAUGGCUGGUGGAGGCUGACUCUGAAGAAUUAGGUAGAUUGAGGAUCACACUCUUAACAUUCUUUUUUAGGUAGAAAUCUAGCACGACAGCCCAAAGAAGUUGUGCUUGAACACAUUUAUCAUUCAUCCUGAAAGCAGUUUGGACCUGCAAUUCGUCAGACCACUGUCAUAUCAUCCUAUUUUGGCUCAAAAGGAUAGUAGACAAGUCUUACUAAUUACCAACCGGAUCAAUGGUGUAAUUCAUGAAUCUUGUAAGCAAUUUGAGAUUUGAAUCUCUACAAUCAAUGUUUCAUACUGAUU